UGUUCAGCCAAAAACUUGAAGAAUAUAUCUGAGCUAUUUUAUUAUGCACAGAAAGCUGUUCUACAUCCUACAGGUCCUCUUUAUUGCCCAGAGGAGAAAGAGAUGAAACCUGCCUGUAUUAAAGCACUCACUCGCAUUUUUAGAAUUUCUGAUCAGGAUAAUGAUGGUACUCUCAAUGAUGCAGAGCUCAACUUCUUUCAGAGAAUUUGUUUUAAUACACCACUGGCACCUCAAGCUUUGGAAGAUGUAAAGAAUGUGGUCAGGAAAAACCUAAGUGAUGGAGUUGCAGAUAAUGGAUUAACAUUAAAAGGUUUUCUUUUUCUACACACACUUUUCAUUCAGCGAGGAAGGCAUGAAACAACUUGGACUGUUUUACGUCGCUUUGGAUAUGAUGAUGACUUAGAGCUUACACCAGAGUACUUGUUUCCUCCGCUAAAAAUUCCUCCAGACUGCACAACAGAAUUAAAUCAUCAUGCAUACUUGUUUCUUCAAAGUAUUUUUGAUAAACAUGAUUUGGAUAGAGAUUGUGCUUUGUCUCCCGAUGAAUUGAAAGAUUUGUUCAAAGUCUUCCCUUAUAUGCCAUGGGGACCUGAUGUUAACAACACUGUUUGUACAAAUGAAAGGGGGUGGAUUACAUACCAAGGGUUUCUCUCUCAGUGGACACUAACCACGUACUUAGAUGUACAGCGUUGCCUGGAGUACCUGGGUUAUUUAGGCUACUCGAUACUUGCAGAACAAGAAUCUCAAGCAUCAGCAAUUACAGUAACAAGAGAUAAAAAGAUAGACCUCCAGAAAAAACAGACUCAGAGAAAUGUUUUCCGAUGCAAUGUUGUUGGAAUGAAAGGCUGUGGGAAAAGUGGAGUUCUUCAGGCUCUUCUUGGAAGAAAUCUAAUAAGACAGAGGCAAAUACGUGCAGAACACAAAUCUUACUACGCCAUUAAUACAGUCUAUGUAUACGGACAGGAAAAAUACUUGCUGCUACAUGAUGUCAGUGACUCUGAAUUUUUAACUGAUGCUGAGACCGUAUGUGAUGCUGUCUGCCUGGUAUAUGAUGUCAGUAACCCUAAGUCCUUUGAGUACUGUGCCAGGAUUUUUAAGCAGCACUUCAUGGAUAGCAGAAUACCAUGCUUAGUGGUAGCUGCAAAGUCUGACUUGCAUGAAGUUAGACAGGAAUUUGCUGAAUUCUGCAAAAAACACAAAAUGCCUCCACCUCAAGCCUUUACUUGUAAUACUGUUGAUGUGCCGAGUAAGGAUAUCUUUGUUAAACUGACAACUAUGGCAAUGUAUCCGCAUGUGACACAAGCGGACCUCAAGAGCUCUACGUUUUGGCUCCGAGCAAGUUUUGGUGCUACUGUCUUUGCAGUUUUGGGUUUUGCUAUGUACAAAGCAUUAUUAAAGCAACGAUGAUCUGAGAAGAAGCACGUCUGGCCCUACCAAAUAAAAAAAAAAAAAAAAAACUUUUAUGUACAUUCUGAAUGCUUUAAAUUCUGCUAGAAAUAUUUAUAUAUGCAGAGUUACUUUAUUAAUAUUUGUAAUUCAUGCAUAAGAUUAUUUUAAAUUAUAGCUCUAACUACAGUAUUGCAAAAUGCGUGGAAAAAAGAAUUGCAUCUCAACAGCCAGCUAAAAUGGCUUAACUUGUGAGGCCAAAAGGGAAUUUGUUGUAAAUAACCUGUACAUAUUAAAGCACUAAGACAUUGCUUCCUAAAAAGCUAUUCAAAAUACUGUUCUUAGAUGUUUCACCAUGGUGACAUACUAGUGUAUAGUUGAAAUUAAUUUUUGGUUGAAUAGGUUCCAUUCAAGGAUCAUACUUCCUCAAGGAUUGCUUAUUUAUUUCACAUUCAUCUGAAGUGACUUCAUCUUUUUGGACUAUAAGCUAUACCAGGCAGAAUUUGUGAUUUUCAUUCUUAUCUAUUCUUUUUAACUGAUGAACAAAUUUCCCCACUAACUACGUGUUUCAAAAAAAAGUCACUGUUGCUGUCCUGGCCUAUGAUUUUGUAUGUUACAUGACCAGUGACAUACUUAGCAGUCUGAUAUUUCUUUUAAAAGGAAAAAUGUAAACUUCAAAAACUGCCAGAUCAACUUCAUAUGCUAUGUGUAAUUUGUGUUUUUCAUUUUCCACUAUGUUAUAUUUUAUAACCCUUAUGAAUCAGAUGAGCAAAUUUGUAUAUUAUAAAUGUUUAUAAUUCAAAAAGUGUUGCUGUUUAAUUUCUCACAUCUGUCAAUCAUACCUGUUGAAAGCUGUGUAUAAGAUGAAACUAAAAUAGUACACAGUGCCUAUUCUACUGUAGUAUAGUAGUUGCAUGGAUCACAGUGCAUUCUGUAACUGGCUAGAAUUACCUAUAGACACAGCUUUUUUAAUGAUCAAGUAAAUCAGACAUUAAUUCCUCAUGACAAACCUAUUUUUCCAUUGCUGGCCUUUUCAAGUAUUUCAAUAAAAUAACUGUGUACUGUG